CAGAAAGGCCUAGGAAGGUUCUUUUCUACAUCAACAAAACCAGCUUCUCCCUUCUGGACUUCAUUCAUAUCAAUAUCACACCAUAACUUCUGUUUGAGCUCUGCUUUCUGUAUACUCUGUUCUUCUCAAGUUUUCUUGUUUCUUUAUCUAUCUAUCUAUCAUACAUAACACACUACACUAGUUCAAACUUGUGUUGCAUACCUGGGAUCCUUGCAUCUUUGUCAUUUUGAUGUCUCCACCAUUAGAGCAUGACUACAUAGGCUUGGGAGAGAAGCCAUCAAUGGUUGGAACCUCUGACAACAAGAUAUCUUCAUCAUCUCUCAACUUCAAGGAGACAGAGCUGAGGCUUGGCCUUCCUGGUUGUGAGUCUCCUGAGAGAAAACCUGCAGGUGCUUCUUCUGGGGUUUCCCUUUUUGGCAAAGACUUGCAAGAGAAAAAGCAUGGUCCUUUGAAAAGCCCUGUGGCUGCUGUUGGAGCUAAGAGGGGCUUCUCUGAUGCCAUUGAUGGGUCUUGUGGGAAAUGGGGUUUCUCUGUGGCUGAUGGAUCUGAGGUUGAGUUGGGAAAAGGUGCUGCUUUGUUUUCUCCAAGAGGGGGGAAUGUUGGGAAGCCUCUUGUUGCUUUAGAGACUCAAACUAACACCACACCAGCCAUCAAUGAGGUUGCUAUGGCUCAUCAAUCUGCUAAACCAGCUCAGGAGAAGAAUAAGCAGGUUGAUGGUACAAAUGAGCAUGCUAGUGCUCCUGCUGCAAAGGCACAGGUUGUGGGAUGGCCACCAAUUAGAUCGUUUAGAAAGAACACAAUGGCCUCUAAUUUGACAAAGAACAAUGAUGAAGCUGAGGGGAAGCCAGGGUUUGGUUGUCUCUAUGUCAAAGUCAGCAUGGAUGGUGCCCCUUAUCUCAGAAAGGUUGAUCUCAAAACCUACAAAAACUAUAUGGAAUUUUCUUCAGCCCUUGAGAAGAUGUUCAGCUGCUUUACCAUUGGUCAAUGCAAUUCUCCUGGACUUCCUGGGAAAGAUGGACUAAGUGAGAGCUCUUUGAGGGAUCUUCUCCAUGGCUCUGAGUAUGUUCUUACAUAUGAAGAUAAAGAUGGAGAUUGGAUGCUUGUCGGGGAUGUUCCUUGGGAGAUGUUCACUGACUCAUGUAGGAGACUAAGGAUCAUGAAAGGCUCCGAGGCAAUUGGGCUAGAAUUGGUUGAGAGAUUUGAAUGCAGAUCCAAACAUGCUAUAAGGAAGUUGUAAACCAAUUUUUGCAUUAGCACUGUCCAUUAGGUAUGUGUCCAACUAUAAAUUCAAUCUCAACUAUCUUGGUUGCAGCUCCAAGGGCCAUGGAAAAAUCAAGGAGCCAAAACUAGUGCAGGAAAACCAGUUGGCUCAAAGUGAGGUGUUCACUAAAGCAUAUAGUUUUACAAGGGAGUUUGAGUUUAUGAUUUUGUUCCAAAUCAAAUACUAUAUAUAUGUAAUUCAGUGAGGUUUUGUGCAUUUAUUGUCUGCCAAGUUCUCUAUCAGUGGAAUUUAACUGGAGAGAUCCAGUCAAUAUAUACACAUUUUGGUUGUUUCUCUGUUCUGUGUAUCUGUGGAUUCUUGUUGCUGUAUAAAAGAUUUGCUUGUGCUUUUUCCUCUA